AUGUUUAUUCGUCGCGUCACGUGGUUACAUAGAAAACAAGAUUCGAUUCAUUUAUUAACGGUAGGUCGACAAGCAUAUAGUUCGGAUCAAAGAAUAACAUUAAGUUUUCGUUAUCCUAAUAAUUGGAGAUUACAAAUAUUAUUCGUUACGAGAAGAGAUGCUGGAAUUUACGAAUGUCAAGUUGCAACACAUCCUCCGAGAGUUAAAAAAGUUUAUUUAACAGUUACCGCACCCGAAGUCGUUAUUGUCGACGAGAAAAAUCACGAAGUGUCGGAAAGAUAUUAUAAAGCCGGAAGUUCCGUCGAACUCACGUGUAUAGCAACUCAUAUCGAAUCUCCGGUUGAUCACGUGACAUGGAAUUUAAAAAACGUCGUCAUAAACGAUGGCGUAAGGAGUAUUCAUAAAAAUUUACUAAUUAAUUUUAAUUAUAGUUACAACCACAGCCUUGGCCAAGCAACGGUAAUUGCCACGUUAAAAAUUUCUCUUGCGGAAAGGAUUCAUUCGGGAAAUUAUACGUGCGCUGUCGGGGAUUUAGCAUCGGCUCUUGUGGCCGUACAUAUAUUAAACGGGGGGGAAUCUUUAAAAAUGCUUUUUGUUUUUCCUCCUCCUCCAUCGUUGUUGGUGUGA